AUAAACCUUAACCCCAGAAUACUCUCAACCAAGAUCUUCUAGAAGACAAUAACGCCGUCCUUAGACUCUUGACUUUCCCCUAGUCUCCCUUAAGCUUCGAACUAGUCUUUAGGAAAACAGCAACAAUUAUCAAAUUCCAAGAUGCAAGAAUAUCGAGGCAACCGACACCAACACGGCGAAUAGUCCCAGUCUCCACACCAGAAUUUCUUCCGCGCUGGAGAUCUCCGCGCUUGCCCGGCGACUGCCGAUGCGGGGACCAUCGAACUUCUAGUAUAUCAAAACCCCCCAAUCAAUCCCUGAAUGAACCACCUCCUCAACUAUAAACCCCAGUUUCAUACAUACUCGCACGGAAAUACACAGCAUUAGGGAUUAUCCGUACACAGACCACCAUGUCACCCAAUCUCCCCCUACUCUCAUCACUCCCCUCACUCCCCCAGGACCAGCAAUUCCAGGUCCUCGAUACGCUCUUCGAACCAUCGCCGGAGCUGCAUACGCUGAUGGCCCCUGUUCUGGCCAAUCAGAUCUUCUCUUCCUAUACUAGUCUGAUUGACGCCGUCGGGGGCCGCAUGUCCGCUCUAUCGGCUGCAAAUUCACCGACUGAUAAAGCGGUUCUCGUCGGGAUUCUAGGGUCACAUCCGCGAUUAGGACGAGCGAAGGUGGCGCAAUCCGAGCAUUUGAGCGAAUUGAGCAGGAAGGAACAGGCGCAGUUGACCACGGGGGCAGAGGAACAGGCUGAACGACUACGACUGUUGAAUGUGGAAUAUGAGGAAAAGUUUCCUGGGCUUAGAUUUGUAACGUUCGUUAAUGGGCGGAGCCGAGAUGUUAUCAUGAGGGAGAUGCGAGAGAGGAUUGAGAGGGGGGAUGCUGAGCGGGAAAUCGAAGAGACUAUCCAGGCGAUGUGUGAUAUUGCUAAAGAUCGGGCCCGGAAGUUGGAACAGUCGUCGCGGAUAUAGAUACUUGAAGAAUGAAAUAGAACAGAACUGGAUAUAAUUCUACACGGAUUGGUUCCUUGUUUAACGCAGACUGCCAGUUGCGAACGCGAUGGUCUCAAGCUAGAGGUGUGUGUGGCUAUGGCAACCGAUGUGGAGACGGAGUCAGAAAAGGAUUCAUUGUCCUCCGUUCAACUGCAAGUGAUUUGUCAUUUCUCUUGGGGAAAAAAGAUAGAUAAAUAGAUCUAACCAUAUAUUAUCAAUCAAUGUGGAGGGAGUUAUAAUCUUUUAUAUCUUGGCUGGAGUUGGUUGGUCGAGUACCCCUAUGACACAAUUUCAUCCCUUAGACUUUUUAGACCCUUACGAACCCCACGCUCUGGGCUUGAAAUGCUUGACCUGCAUGACAAGAGUAGAGUCCUUGCCGAGAUAUUCCUAUCUUUUGCCCCCCAAUAAUACUCGCUACUGGGAGAGGAAUUACGUCUAUAUGCCAACCGUUCCGCUUGAAUGGGUCGUUCCAGAAUGCGACGUUAUCGCCCCCCGAAACUAAGAUAGUUUGCGACUAGAAAAGUGUCAUUUAGAAAUUAAAGGGAAAAUAAAAUAAUUUAAGGGUAAAUGACCGGAUUCUUGAUGUCAUUCUAAUCUCCGAUU